AUGUCGUUUUGGCCGUUUGGAGCGAGCAGUAACAAGUCCAACAUUAACAAAGUGGUCAAAGAGUAUCUCGGGUGUCUGCACAGGGUUGCUGGGGAGGUGCAUGCCACUGGUGGCGUUGCGACCGUGGACAGCGAGGAUCACAUCGAUGCGAUGAUUCAGGCGAACAACUCGGAUGUCGACGAUUAUAGUUACGAUCUUGCCAAGAUUGAGUCGUUGAGAGUGGGCGGGUUGGCGCAACAGCAGCAGCUGCUGCAGCGACCCUUGCAGAACUCGACGCGAUCGAGUGUCUCGUCAAUGCUGUUUCUCAGUAAUGAUUCACAUGGGGGGGGCAGUGGAGUUGCCGGUAACAGGGGGGAUACUAUGUCCGUUCUCUCCGCACGACAGAAGUGCUCGCUCAACUCCUCGUAUAUAGAGAGGAUCCUGAGGGAGGACGACCUGAUCGACGAGUUGAUGCUCCCGAAUAACACGCUUCUCGACUUCAUCUGUCUUGGGUACUUCUACGAGGAUGCGGACUCGGACGACGCUGAUCGCAUUAGCAACAACACGGCCAGGAGUAACAGGUACACACGAGUCCAGCACAUAGACUUUCUCAUAGACAGGUUACUGUACUGCAUGGAUCGUAUAGACGAGACGUCCAGUUCCAUUGGUGGGAUGACGGGUCACCCAAACCAUGACGAUGACGAAGACAUCAUCACGCCGAAACGAACGGUAGAAAUAGACGGCGGGAACGAGGGUGUUACAUUGGAACUCCAUGAUAUUGCGAAAGUAAAGUCGCGACAGCGCAAUAUUGGUGACGGUAGUGAUGGUGAUAAUGAUGAUGAUGAUGACGAUGAUGAUGAUGAUGACGACGACGAUGAGGAAGGCGUGAGUCGAAGCAUAGAGGGAUGCGAUUCCCAAAAACAAUACAACCCGUUGAAGGAGGCUACAGUAAUUGCAGAGAUCUUCUCACAGGAAAAUAUAUGGCUUAUCAGCGAGAUGCUGCUGAAAACACCAAGCAGAAUCGCAAAAUUGUGGUCGAUAAUUAAUCACCCAAGGCUCAAUUGCGAAAGAUCGCCGCAACUCGCACUGUUUUUGAAAAUAAACGAAAGUUUGCUCAUAGCUAGACAAGAGCAGUACCUCAAUUUUAUCCGGAACUUGCCAACGUUGGUCGACGAUAUACUGGAUCACAGCAACAUCCCUAUCCUUUUUGAAUUCUUGCUGAAACUGAUCGCAACGGACAAAAUCAAUUACCCAACGGGCAUAGUAGACCAUGUUUACAACCAGGACUUGAUCCCGAAAUGCCUGCAGUUCUUUAACAACGAUAAGCAUCCACCGCAUAUCCAGGCUUGUAUCACAGAUUUCUUGAAGGCGUUGAUCGAGGUGUCCGCAAACGUCGCACUGGACGAUAUGUCUAUCGGCCCAAACAAAUUGACGAGACAGAUAAGUUCGCCAGAAAAUAUGGACCUUAUCUUGAAAAUUAUGCUGGAAGAACAAGACGUCGCUCUAUGCAACCUGGUCACCGUGAUCAUUGAGCUCAUACGGAAAAACAAUUCGGACUACGACCACCUGAACUUGGCAACGCUAACAUUGAGGGAAAAUCCUCCGACGCCAAGAGACCCGAUAUAUCUGGGCUAUCUCCUAACAGCGUUUACAAAGAAAUUGCCGGUACUGACUAAAUUACUCUCAGGUGAAUGCACGGUCCAGAAGGACACCAUGGUAAAUCAGAUUGGCGAAAGGUAUCGACCGUUGGGUAUUGUGAGAGUCAAGAUUAUCGAAUUGGUUGCCGAGCUGCUACAUUGUUCUAAUAUGGGCACUUUAAACUCCAUUAGGUGUAAACACAUCGCGAAGGAGCGUGAUGUUUACCGGAAUCAGAUCGAAGCAGAACGGAUUGAAACGGUAAACGAGGAUUACUACGUCAACUACGAAGAGUUCAGAUUGUCUGAUAUUGAGGGGAAUUUACCGGCUUUGGAGACAACCGUUGACGAAGUGGACGACUCCUUUGAAAUACCGUACGUGAACCUGAAACAGGACAAAAAGAUACGAGACACCCGCACAGUCGGGGACUCGUUCAAAAUUGAGUUGUUCGACACAGAGACGAUACCCAAAUUUAUAGAAAUAUUCCUGCUCCAUCCCUGGAAUAACUUUUGGCAUAACGUAGUGUUCGACAUACUGCAACAGAUCUUUAGUGGUAGGAUGGACUUCUCGUACAAUUCGUUUUUGGUGUACCAGUUAUUUACGCUCAGAAACUCAAGAAGAUUCAUACCUGGAAUUGACAUCGACAACCUCGAUGAAAACCCACGGAGCGCAAACCCCGGGUUGAAAGAUUUCCGCAUCACGCAAGACCUAAUUGUUCACGGGUACGAAUUGACGUAUAACUUCUACGAGGACAACCACAUGAAUUACGGGUACAUGGGCCACUUGGUGCUGAUCACGGAAGAAAUCAUGAAGUUUUCAAAGCUCUACAAAAUCCAGCUGAUAUCCCCGGACAUCUUCACCAUACUGAAGGACGAUACGAAGUGGCAAUACAUUUCAACGGAGAUCCUAAACGACACAAGGCUCAUGUACGGACAGAUCCUCGGAGGCGGCGGGUACGUUGACGACGGGAACGGUAACCUUAUCCCACAGAUUCCGAUCAGCAGCGAUCCAGUGGCUACAAAUGAUGGCGAGGAUCACGCCAACAGCAACGAUUAUGAGGUGCCCCGUACAGAGGUCGAAACCACCGGGAAACAGGAUGCAGCAGACAUUAAAGCAACGCAGGUUACGGCGCAAACUACGCUUCUGGACCCAGUGACGCCAACUGAAGACGCCCUCAAAAUGUUAAGCACGGCAGAUCUGCACAACAAACUCAAGAUAUUGUGGAAGAACGACCAGCAGCAAUUAUAG